AUGAACAUCUUGCGUACGGGGAGGACCAUCCCCCGCGUUCUGCGAUCAGGUCAACCCCAGAGUCUUCUCCGCAUUCUGAACCCCAUCGUGUCUGUGUCGAGCCGCAGAUUUCACGCAGGCCCCGCGUUAUGGGGGGUCAAGUCACAAAUUUUGAAAGAUGUUGGUGAAGGUAUCACCGAGGUACAAAUAAUCCAAUGGUAUGUGGAAGAGGGUGCACACAUUGAAGAAUGGAAGCCUCUAUGCCAAUACCAAUCCGACAAGGCAGUUGAUGAUAUUACAUCACGUUAUGAGGGUGUUAUUAAGAAGCUCCACUUCGAGACUGAUGAUACUGUCCCAACUGGACGGGCACUAUGUGAUAUCGAAGUAGACGAUGCAAAAUACCCAGAUGAUAACCCGUCGCAUGAGCCUCAAGCGACUCCGGAGACAACAGAACGACCUCCCGAAUCUACCACCGUCGCAGCAGUCCAAGCUGCCGAAUCGGCCAUACCGGAUACAACCCUUCCUACUGAGAAUAUCCCUGAAGCGCAGAAAUCCAAGCAUGCGUCACUCGCAACCCCCGCCGUGCGCGGUUUACUCAAAACACACCACGUCGACAUUCUAGACAUUACUGGAACAGGUAAAGAGGGGCGGGUUAUGAAAGAAGAUGUUCUCAAGUACAUUGAAAUCAGAAACUCUUCUACGACAUCCUCCUCAAUUACGGUCCCAGUAUCUUCCAUACCUGAUACGAAACAGGCUGAAACCGAAACCAAACUCACACCAAUCCAAUCAGCCAUGUUUAAGACAAUGACCAAGUCCCUCAAUACCCCACACCUUCUCUUUGCCGACGAACUCACAGUUGGCGGUAUCAUGUCCAUUCGCAAAAAGCUUGCCAGCGAUGCGCGUGAUCCCAAAAAGCUCACACUCCUGCCUUUUGUUGUAAAGGCUGUCUCGCUAGCGCUGAAUGAAUUCCCUAUCCUGAACGCCAGAGUCGAUACCACUGUUCCGGAAAAGCCAAAGCUUAUCAUGCGCAGCAAGCAAAACAUCGGCAUCGCCAUGGAUACACCAACAGGUCUCAUCGUUCCCAAUAUCAAGGAUGUCGCGAGUCGCUCUAUUUUCGACAUUGCUGCCGAGAUCUCCAGGCUCAGCACCCUUGGAAAGAGUGGAAAGCUGACACCUGCUGAUCUGAGUGGCGGGACCAUCACGGUCUCCAAUAUUGGAAACAUUGGUGGCACAUAUGUUGCUCCACUUAUUGUGCCAACAGAGGUUGCUAUUCUGGGAAUCGGAAGAACAAGAACGGUACCUAUCUUUGAUGAAGUCGGACAAGUGGUAAAGGGUGAGCAGGUGAACUUCAGUUGGAGUGCUGACCAUCGCGUCAUUGAUGGGGCAACCAUGGCGCGGAUGGGCAAUCGGGUGAGAGAAUUGAUUGAAUCGCCCGAGUUGAUGCUGCUUAACCUAAGGUGA